AUGGCUAGUAGACCCCAGAUGCUCGAUGACGACUUCACAUCAGGAAUUGAUCCUUCCGUGUGGAAUUAUGAGAUCCAGUUAGAUGGUUAUGGCAAUGGUCAUUUUGACUGGACAACAUCCGACCCCACGAACGCAUACACAGAUAAAAAUGGCCUCCAUAUAGUUCCGACAUUAACAAAUGAAACGACUACAAUCACGAACGACCAGAUCCUCAAUGGAUACACAUUGAACUUAACGACAACAAAAACGUGUACUUCCCAGCAGAUCUCCGCGUGCGGAAUACGCUCCAAUUCGACAACUGGAAAAAUGAUUAAUCCAGUCCGUUCCGCACGCUUGACAACGAAGGGCAAAAGGGGAAUCGCCUUUGGAAAAAUGGAGAUUGUGGCGAAGCUACCAAGGGGAGAUUGGCUCUGGCCAGCUAUCUGGAUGAUGCCGGCGCAUUCGGUUUAUGGGACAUGGCCUGCAUCUGGAGAAAUCGAUAUUGUGGAAUCUCGCGGGAACAAUUACGAUUUUCCUCAGGGAGGCAGAGAUCAUUUCGGAAGUGCGCUCCAUUGGGGCCCGUACCCCGGAGUUGAUGCAUAUUGGAGAACAAUGGGACAAACGACGUUGAAGCGUUCGGACUUUUCGAAAGAAUUCUAUACUUUCGGCCUUGAAUGGACUGAGGACUACAUAGUUACAUAUGUCAACAAUAGAAUCCACCAAGUCAUGUACAUCCCAUUUACGAAAGGAGGGUUCUGGCAACGUGGGGAGUUUAUUAAGUAUAAUGCGACAGAAGAAAGCAACCCUUGGAGACCGGUGGAGGAAGGCGGUAAAACACACCACAUUAAAGCCGCUCCAUUCGAUCAAGAGUUCUACUUGUUACUAAACGUAGCGGUUGGAGGAACCAAUGGCUAUUUCAAAGAUUCAACCCUUAAACCAUGGGUAGAUGGUAGCGGGCGGGAGAUGAGAGAUUUCUGGAAUGCAGUUAACCAAUGGCAUCCUACUUGGGGCUCAGCCGAUGAAAGGGGCAUGACCGUCAAGAGCGUCAAAAUGUGGCAAGAAGGGAAAUGCUAA